AUCCCUACUGUUGAGUCCAGCACUGCCCUGGUUCCCAGAGCCUCCAGACUCAAGCCCUAGACCAUGCUCUAGGUAGAAGUCACUUCAGUUCCUAGCUGCUUCAGCCUCAUGUGAGUGUCUCAAGAAUAUUACUGGUCCCCAAGCUUAUCCGGGAAAAUUGUGAGAAGGACUUGGAUUCCCUUGCCUACCCCCUACACCCAGGGCCAGGUGCCCCUUGGGCCUAGAGACAUACAUGCAAGUACUGCAUCCACUAUGUCCUAUGAAAAGAAGCCCAGGAGACAGCAAGCCUUCCAUGUUUACUGAACUCUUCCAGCCUGGCUUAUUUCCAACAUGAGGUGGUGGACCUGGCCCAGGGCCCGCACAAGGACAGCAAUGGGAUGCCCUCCCCUGUUUUCCAGGAUGGAUUCACUGCAGAGGCAGGACCUGAGGAGGCCCAAGAUCCAUGGGGCGACCCGAGUUAGCACCCAGAACCUCGUCCCCUACCAGACACCCACCUUGGCCUACCUGCAGCGCCUGCUGUGGAUUCGAAGGGCCUCUUCCAUGAGCCACAUCAAUGAGGUCUGGCCCAACCUCUACCUGGGAGACGCAUAUGCAGCACGGGAUAAGACGAAGCUGUGCCAGCUGGGCAUCACUCAUGUCGUGAAUGUGGCUGCCGGCAGGUUCCAUGUCGACACAGGUGCCAAAUUCUACCGAGGGUUGCCUAUGGAAUAUUACGGGAUUGAAGCUGAUGACAAUCCCUUCUUUGACCUCAGCAUUUACUUCCUGCCUGCAGCCAGAUACAUAAGAACUGCUCUUAGCAAUCAAGGCCGCGUGUUUGUACACUGUGCCAUGGGGGUCAGCCGGUCUGCCACACUUGUCCUGGCAUUCCUCAUGAUCUGUGAAAAUAUGACGCUGGUGGAGGCCAUUGAGACGGUGCAGGCCCACCGAGACAUUUGCCCCAACUCGGGUUUCCUCAGGCAGCUCCAGGUCCUGGACUGUCGGCUAAGGCGGGAGACAGGGAGGCUCUGACUGGGCAGGUUGCGGGGAACAGAGACCCCUUAGGGGCCUCCCCUUCCCACCUGCCUUGUAGAAGACUGGCAGCCCCCACUGUUUACAAAUGGACCUGAGAUGUAAAUAUCAAGUGCUGGGGCAUCAGGAGGGCAGGGGCGGAAAGGUUGAGAGUUGAUGUUUAACAGGUGAAUUUGCUCAACUUGUUUAACAAAAAAAAAGAUUCUUUAUGCAUAGAAAAGUUGGUCUCAAUCCAUAAUAAAGAAUUAAUUCA